UAAACAUAACCGAUUGAUGGGUCUAAGGUUUAUUUGUGUUAUAUUGUUUCACUUUUUUAUAUAUAAAUAGUACUUAGCUGUGAUUGUUUAUAUUUUAGAUAAUUGGUCAGAUAUUCAACUCAUUAUGAAAAGUAUAGGCAAUAUUAAAGUAAUACUUAAUAUCGUUUUAGUAUGGAUAACGUUGGUGUUACUAUCCAGUGCUUUUAAACACCGGUUUUGGAAGGUUAUGCAAAUACAUUCGAAUAUUCAGGAUUUAAAAACAAAUAAUGUAAACCGCCGGUUAUAUCCAUUGUACUGCAAACGAAUGCAAGGAAAUUAUUUACGUAAACUUGACAAUAGAACAUACAAUUUACGCAUUAUCGUGAUAACUUUUAAUAGAUUUAAAUCCCUCGUCAGAUUACUUCGUUCAUUGAAUCAGGCCAUCUACGACGGUGAUACUGUAAAAAUUGAAGUAUGGAUAGACAGAUCAGAAGAGGGUGUUUUGGAUGAAGCUGUAGUAAAAACGGCCAACACAUUUUCAUUCCAACAUGGUGAUUAUGAGGUUAUACCACAUUUCGAGCAUGUAGGUCUUCACGGACAAUGGAUUUCUACGUGGAGGCCAAAGCGAAACAGUUCUGAAAUAGCUGUCAUUUGUGAAGAUGAUAUCACUGUUUCAAUUUAUUUUUACAAAUAUCUAAAAUAUGUUCAUAAGAAAUACGACAAUCAUUCAGAAAUAAAUGGCUAUGCCUUACAAGGGUUUUCUAUGAAACAUCACUUGAAAGAUAGCUCCCCUCUUGUAGGUCCAACAAAUAGCAUUGUGUUUCUCUAUCCCGUUAUUGGUUCAUGGGGAUUUUCUCCAAGCAGAGAUAAUUGGAUACAUUUUCAAGAAUGGUACAGCUUGGCUUGUAAUGAUGACACAAAAGAUUUAUUUAUACCAAAUAAUAUAGCAAGCAAAUGGUACAUACAAUUCAGAAGGAAAGGGACACAUAAGAACAUAUGGACAAUAUGGCAUAUAUAUCAUGCGUAUAUAAAUUCUGAGUUCACACUAUAUACAAAUUUACCAGAUCAUAUUGGACUUUCGACUAAUUGGCGCGAACAAGGUCUUCAUUUUAAGAAAUUUAAAGGAAAAACAAACGAAUUAUUACAAGUCUGGAAACACGAAUUUGAAAAUCUGCCAGCAAAACCAAUCCCUGUUGACAUUUCAGGGAAAGUGAUUAAGAGUUAUUAACGUAACCAUAACAUAACACCAUUAUUAUUCUUGUUUAUAUUAAAGCUGUUUAUAUUACAGUACAAAUUCGUAUUCCUAGCUAUUCAAAAACGAUGCCAUUUUUUCCCAUUUCAUAUCACUAUCAUUGUAUUAAUA